CGACCAGCUGUUGCCUGACGUCACUGUGAAAACUACGAGUUGAAUAACUGCGUCGAAAGUUGACUGGCGAUUGAAUCAAUUCGAAAAGAGAGAGGCGUCACCCGUCACUGAGAAAUCCCAGUGCUAAAUCAGCCCUCAGGCCCUCGUCGAGGGGAAAAAUCAGUCUCGCUGAGGCAGCCAUUGAGGAAAAAAAUAAUAACGUGAAAUAAAAAUAAAUACUUUAACGCGUGCGCAUUUAAUCCUGACAUAAACAUCGGGGCUCUUUCUCUCUCGGUGACGAAACGCUCUGCCUCUCCCCCGUUUUGCGAAAAAUCAAAACAAUCAAGAUGGCGGAGCAAAGUGGUGAGGCAUCGUCAUCGAGCAGUGUGACUGAGGCACCAGCGACAGCCCAGUUGCACGAGGAGCUUGAUAAAAUAAAGGAGCUACUCGAGCCAGAGAAGAAGAAACGUAAAUUAUUGCGAGGCGAUGGCAAGAGUGAGCAGAAACUUGAACACCGAUUGGGGGGCAUACUCUGCUGCGCCGUUUGCCUCGAUCUUCCUAGGGCGGCGGUUUACCAGUGUACCAAUGGACACUUGAUGUGCGCUGGAUGCUUCACUCACGUACUGGCUGAUGCGAGACUACGCGAUGAGCUUGCAACAUGCCCAAAUUGUAGGAUUGAGAUAAGUAAGACAUCGGCGUCCCGCAAUUUGGCGGUGGAAAAAGCUGUUUCGGAAUUGCCAGCUGAAUGUCAAUUUUGCGCUAAGGAAUUCCCGAGGAAUUCUUUGGAAAGACACGAGGAGUCCAUGUGCGAGGAGAGAAUAUCAAGUUGCAAAUAUAGCAGAAUUGGUUGCCCGUGGCGUGGACCUAAUCAUGAGAGUUCAGAGCACGAGACCCACUGCGUUCACCCGCAUCGCACUGGGGCCGAUGUAAUGGAGGCACUACGUGAUAUUGACGCCCGCACCCUGGAGGAGCGCAGACUCUACGACAAUGUCUUUGAUCUCCUCUCGUACGAGAAAAUCACGUUCAACGAUCUGCAGAUGAAGCCAUAUCGCACCGAUGAAUACGUUCACAAAUUGUUCUACGAGACAUCGCGUUUCAGUGCAUUCAACAAUCAAUGGGUAGUAAAAGCGAGAAUCAACAAUAGCCAACGCGAUCCCACUCAGAGUUCCGAACGUGACAUGACUUACCAACUGAUCUUGAAGACCAAGACAACUUAUCCCCUCUCUCUUCAUUAUCUCAUACUGAAGGGGCCUUUUGGUGAUAUGAAAGUAAAACCACGUAUUCAUCGUUUUGAUUUCACUGACUCGGACAAUGAGAGCCCCUAUCUACCACUACCCCUUCCAGACACCAACGAGUGCAACAGACUCUUGGCAGCAAAGACAAUCAAUUUCCGGCUCAUUAUGUUUCUCGCGUCAAAGUAGUCUGCUGAAUUACCAGCGAAGAUCCUGCCGUUAGAACAAAGCAAAGAAAUAUAUAUUUAUUAUAUAUACAUCAUUAGAUCUACUGUCUAAAUCCUGGAUCUAUGGCAAAAGCUGGAGGAAUCCUGCGAGUAUGAUGCGAAGUUUGCUGGUUGAAUGUACAAUAGUUCAUAAACUACAAAAAAACACUAAAGAAAGAAACAAGUCCCAAGGAUCAUUGUCUCGACACUAAUUUCGGAUCUAGAACUUAGUGAACAGAGUAACAUUUUAUUUUCUUUUUUUUUUAUUAUUUUAUAAACCCAGGGCAAAGUGCUGAGGCACACGUAGACGAUUAACUUACGAUUGCAGUGGUUCUAGAUUUCAAUAUUUUAUUUUCGAUAUAAUAUUUUUUUUAUUGAGAUAUUUAUUUAAAGCUAUUUAUUUGAAAUUCUUCUUUAAGUGAAAUCGGCUUCUCACUACUAAAUCGAUAAUUAUGAAAUUAUCGUCUCCAAUAAUUGGAAAUUGGAAUGAAAAUCAUUGUGCAAUUCUUCAAAAAUAUUUUUAAAGAAAUUUAAAAAUCUAGAGCCAUGAAUAGUGCUGUCCUUGCACCACUCCUACGAUUUUUUUUUAUUAAAUUACUAUUUAACAAAUACACUUUUUUGUUUUUUUUUUGUUUUCUGGUAGACUGAUAGGUAACCACGUCUUUCCUAUUUUUAAAGCGAUAUAGUUUUCCCGUAACAGCCUAUUAGAAGAAUUUAAUUAAAAUUAUGGAGUGUUUUUCUUCUAUUAUUCUAUUUUUUUUUAUUAGAAAAUUUGGAGAUAUUUUAUUCAUAGGGCUUAUCUGCGCCGUUCAGAGCCGUUUACAUUUAGCAUAUGUCAUAGAUGAACCUCUAUCUUCUAUGAUUAAUGUAACUGAAAUUUGAAUAAAGCAAAUCUCAUUAAAUAUA